AGGAAUGGUGCCUGAGCCCUUUUUUGGGGUGUUUUUGGUGUUCUGAAAAUACCAUUUAAAAUAAUGCAUGGACCUUGAUUUUUUUUCAGGUAGUACCUUAUUGUCUUAAGAUAAUUUAUGCAAAUUGGUAUGACGUCAUGAUGACGUCAUCAAGAGCUAUAAGGCCACGCCCAUUUUUAGGAAAAAAUGGUAAAAAGGUGUAGCGCCCCGCUUGUAGUUCAAUUAUCAUCAUCGAUACUUUGCAGAAAUGUAGAUAAUAGUGAUACAAACCGAUCUGCGCGCGUUUUUGAUGAUAUUUUGCAAUUCAGAUUUUUUGUGAAUAUUUUUCCUCGAUUUUAAAUUACCCCUUACGCUACCGGCAGUCAGGAGCGCAAAAUAGCGUCCCCUUGAGGCGGCUACGCGGGAAGUUGUACCUUACGGGGUAAACUUCAAAAUAAGACCCUUUUUACCCAUUUUUGAUGAGUAGUUUUUGGGGCGAGACGCCCUAAAAAUUAAGUACGUAGUAUAGGGGUGGUAAUUUCACCAUUCUGAUGUCGAAAAAGGGCCAAAAUCGCAGAUUUCUGUGCCGCGUUCUAAUGGCCCGGUUACUUCCGGGUUGAAUCGCGGUCAUUGACCUCUCAACAAGCGUUAUUUCCCUAUUUGGAAGCCAGAACACGAAUUUCCAUCUUUCCAGAGGGCGUAAGUAACAGCCAAAACAAGCCCUGCCCCGCACGGAGUCACGUGAGCCUCGUGACGUCAUCCCCGCCAACCUCCCUGCUCUGAAAAUCAAAAUGGCGGACGAGCAGCCGACGACUUCGGGUGGCGGGAAAAAGAAAAAGAAACUACCUUCCAAGCGUUAUGCUAACCUUGCUAGACGCUCGAACGAAGCCCAAGGGCUGGGUAAAGGGUCGAGAAGUACCAGUUAUGAGCCACCAGUAGGGUAUGAGGUCAGAAACUACGAGAAAAGUCAGGUGAUGAAAACCCCUGGGAAGACACGGGUUCGGAGUGCGGCAGCCUCGGUGGACGUUUUGGAGGACAGGGGUUUCAACAAGAGCCUUGUUCUGGAGAGCUCUUGCUCUGAGAAUGAUGACAUCUCCUCAUCAGAAGAUGUGGAGUGGACUCCUAGUGGGCCCACAACUAGCAGUCCAAGCCAACCAGCAAAGAUGAACAGUCUGACUGGAACAUCAAGUGACACGUGGAAGACCAUGGCACCAUCUGUCUUCAUCGCGUAUGGUGAAUCACUUGGAUACUUGAUCGAUCAGGUGAAUGACCAGAGAAGGUGCCAAACUGAAGGAUGUACCGGAGUCCUUAUGCCCUGUGAUGUAGACAGAGCCGGGCGUGGUGGCCUUAUGCGUGCUGAGUUCCGAUGCACUGGCAUCUGUCGAAAUGCUGCAGUUGCCUUUGACGCCUCUCCUUUCACACAGCUACAGCGCAAAAAUGUCCUUGGCCGUGUUGUUGCCCUGUCCUUUAUUCUGAAUGGACACACAUAUGAGAAAUACUCACAGGUCCUUGGUCUGGGUCUGGGCAUCCCUGUGUUUUGUGACAAAACAUACUAUCAAAUCUUGAAGGAUGCAUACCCAAAGAUCCAUGCAAUUCUGGACAAGCAGAUGACGGAUGCAAGAGAGGAAAUGAAGGAGAUGGACCAGUCAGAGAUUGGAAGUUGGAGCCGAGCUGUGACGUCAGGGGAUGGUGUUUACCACACUCGGGGACACCACAGCAAAAACAUGACUGUUUUGCUUGUGAACUAUCAAAAGAACUCGCUCAUCUCUGCUGUCCAUCUCUGCAUGCGUGGAGAGGAUGAGACCACAUCUCACAUUGAACUUUAUAAAGGGACAGCAAAAUCAGCAGAGGGGUAUGGCUUCGAACUGAUUUGGGAGGAGUUGAGCAAUGAAGGCCUCAAGGUCGAAGUCCACUGGCAGGAUGCGGACAGCACCAGCGCACGGUCUUUUCGUAUGUACUACCCUGAGGCUGAUGGGUCAAAGCUCAUGUACUGUGGUGGGCAUGUCGGGCGAGCCCACGGCAAGCAGUUGGAAAAGCUUGCUGCUAUGAAGAUCUUCUCUGCUGGCUUCCAGAGCAAACAUUCCAAGUAUAAACUGGAUGGGCUGAAAUGCCAUUGCAAAAAACAUUCCCCCACCUGUGGCUGCCUGACACCCAAGUGUAUAAAGCAGAUGAGGAUAAACCAUUUUGCAUCACUUGUCCAGAGCGGGGCGGAUCCAGAAGUGUACGCCAGAAGGAUGACAGCCCUGGGUAACUACCACGCACGGGAUGUCCACACCUGGAAAGAGGGAAGAUGUGACUUUCAUGGAGACAAAAGGUGCACAUGUGGACACUGCAAUCAGCCGAACGUGACAUGUGAGGGAGAACCAUAUGCAGUACGGCAUCCGCUAACAUGUCCUAUGCACACUAUGGCUUACCGGAUCGAGUGCGAAGAAAGGGCAUCGAGAAGUAAGGAUGUAAUCCACCCGGAGAUGGGCAGGGGGCACUCAAAUUAUCCUGAGGCUCGCAACAAUGUUCUCAUAAGGUACAGGUCCAAAAGCAUAUCGCUGAACAGAUUAGGAUAUUGCACAUGGACGGACAUCGGGCUGCUGCAGGGCAACAUGACGUGGUGCUUCAACAAGUAUGGUCCAGACUACCACUGGAUUAGAGAAGUCUACCAAGACUUGGGGCUCCCUGUACCAGAGGGUGUUCUUGAAAGGGCCCGAAAGAGGAACGAGGAGCGCAUGAAGCGCCUGGCAGCUAUAAAAACAGAGGAAGCAAAGGACAGAAGAAUAGCUUUGAAGGUGGCCAGAGCUCAGGACCAAGAAGAAAGGAAAAGAUGGAACAAGAGGAGGCCCAUUCGUCACUCCUAUGGAGAAGAAGAGGGAGGUGUAGAAGACUGCGAUAGCGGCGACAGCAGUGCAGAUGAGGACAAUGAGGCAACGAACAUUUUAGGUACAACAGCCAUGCCUUCCCAAGAGAAGAAGAGGUUAACUGUUGUCUCUGUGUCCCGAAAGAAGUGCGUCUGCGGUGGGGACGACCAUAUGAGACGUUCAAAUAAGAAGUGUCCCCUAUAUCAGGAACCACCAAAACAGAUGGAGGCUAGAGAUGACAGUGAAGAAGACGAUGUCAGUGACGACAGUGAUCAUGUCACCAGUGAAGAGGAGUCGGAAGAAGAGGACCUCCCGAGAACACCCCCUGCGAAGAAGAGGAGGAACCAGGACGCUGUGUCCAGAAAGAAGUGUGUUUGUGGAGGGGAUGACCACAUGAGACGCUCCAGUAAAAAAUGUCCCCUCUACAAGGAACCCACAAAGCAACGCAACUGAAAAAGGAAGCUGUAAAGCAAAGGAGUAAUGCUCUGUUUCCUUCCAGCACUACCUCCAUAAGCAUUGAUGGGAUUUGACCUUUUUUUUGUGAAAUUAUCGUGUAGGAUUAUGAUGGAAGCCAAGAAAAACAAUAGAUCUGUUUUGUUACAUUCACCCUGUCAGUUUUGCAUUGAAAGUAUGUCUUGGCAAGUAUGUAUAGUUCGCACAUUUUUGCCUUCUUGCUGAGAGAGAUACAAUACUUGUGCCUACAUGUAGAAUUUCAGAAAGAAGUUACUUGUAAGUUGCUUCAUCACAGCACUAAGCAUUGAUGGAAUUUGUGUAAAGUCAAUGUGUAUGAUUAUGAUUGAAGCCAAUGAAAUAUAUAAUA